AUGGCGACUGUCGCAGCCCAGCAGCCAGUGGCGCCCGCAGGGCCCCCGGGCCAGCCGGAUAUCGGAUACCUUCCGGACCAUGACAAGUACCUCGCGAGAGCCAAGCGGCGGCAGGAAACCGAGAAGCUGGCCAAGACGCUGCCCCACGGCUUCCCCCAGCAGCUGGAGUCGGAUCUGGUCUGGGAUGGCAACACGCUCGCCGAAACUUACGACUGGAACUACCAUCUGACCCAGGACGACUUGGCCGAGAUCGACUCUGCCCUGCAGCAUUUCAAGAGCCUGAACAAGCCGCUUGGCUUAAUCGACCAGGAGACCUUCCCGCUGCCGCAGCUGCACCAGACGCUGCGCGAGGUCUCGCGUGAGCUCCACCAUGGCCACGGCUUCAAGGUGGUCCGCGGGGUGCCGGUCACCAAGUACACGCGCGAGGAGAACAUCAUCAUCUUCGCGGGCAUCUCGGCGCACGUCGCCCCCGUGCGCGCCCGGCAGGACAGCCAGUACCAGGGACGGCCGGCCGACGUGGUGCUGGCCCACAUCAAGGAUGUGAGCUCCCAGGUCGACGCCAGCGUCAUCGGGGCGCCCUCGCACACCAACGAGAAGCAGGUCUUCCACACCGACUCGGGCGACGUCAUCGGCCUGUUCGCGCUCGGCGAGGCGGCCGAGGGCGGCCAGAGCUACCUGUCGAGCUUCGGGAAAGUCUACAACGAGAUCGCCGCCACCCGGCCGGACCUGAUCUGGACCCUUUCGGAGCCUUGGGCUGCUGACACGUUCGGAAAGCAAGCCAAGCCGUACAACUUGGCGCCCGUGAUCCACUUACAGCCGGCCACCGAGAAGGACCCGGUCAGGGUGAUCAUCCAAUACGCCCGCCGGACCUUCACGGGCUACUGGGGCCUCCCGCGGUCGGCCGACAUCCCGCCCAUCACGGAGGCACAGGCGGAGGCGCUCGACGCGCUGCACUUCACGGCCGAGAAGUACGCCGUCUCGCUCGACUUCCACCAGGGCGACAUCCAGUACGCCAACAACCUGACCAUCCUGCACGCCCGGGCCGAGUUCCGCGACUCGGCCGAGAAGCAGCGCCACCUCGUCCGCCUCUGGCUCCGCGAUCCGGAGUACGCGUGGAAGACGCCCGAGGUGCUGCAGCCGCGCUGGGACCGCAUCUAUAAGGGCGUCACGCCCGAGAACAGCGUGUUCCCGCUCGAGCAGUACCUCCGGACUGCCAGCAGUAGCACCAACGCCAGUGCGCCACCGCCUGUCAAGGCUUAA